ACGUUGUAUUGUGUAGGUCUGAGAUGACUGAAGCGGAGUGGUGGUAGGGGGCAUCUGAAUUAAUUUAUAUAAUGUGUGGUUGGGAGACCUUCUGUAUGUUAAAAUCAGAGGGGAAUCCGUACUGCCAUGAAAUGGAACAGGCUGAGAGAUGCAGGGUGACAGGCAGCCUGCUCCUGUACACACGUGGUGGACUGCUGUCUGGUCUUGUUGCAUUGCUAAUCAGAAUUACUUUAUUCAUCCAAACUGGGAACUUUUUUUGUUACAGCAGUAAAAUACAAUAUGAAGCAAAACCAAUAAUUAGAAAUAAAAAUAAGAAGUAUACAGAUAGAAUUGUGAAAUGAAAUGGAAUAUUAAAUAAAAUAUAAUAUAAAUGUGCAUGUUAAGUCCAGUUUACAGAGAGGCUAUGGGGCAGUGAGUUUUCUGCCAGCCAGAGGUGAAUUGUUAUAGAGGGUUAUUGCAGUGGGUAGGAAUGUUCUCCUGUAUCUAUCCUUGUGACAGCGGAGCUGGAGCAGUUUGUUGGAGAAGGAGCUCUGCUGUCCUUCCAGCUGCAGGUUGAGAGGAUGGGUGGGGUUAUCUAUGAUGGACAACAGUUUGUUCAGAGUCCUCCUCUCCACCACAGCUUCAACAGGGUCCAGUUUGAUGCCGAUGACAGAGCCAGCUUUCUUAAUUAGUUUUUCCAGUCUGCUGGUGUCACCGGCUCUAAUGCUGCCCCCCUCCAACAUCUUGCUGCACACAUCGAAGGAUCUCAGCUUCCUCAGGAAAUAGAGUUGGCUCAUCCCCUUCUUGUACACAGCGUCAGUGUUGGCCCUCCAGUUCAGUCCGUUGUCAAGGUGCAUUCCAAGCUUGUCAUCAAGACUGAUGGAGACAACAAGCGUUUGUAAGAUUGAUGUGGCGACCAGAAGAAUAGUGGGAGGCAGCGAAUCUCCCCCCGACCUGGACAGCCCAUGUCAGGUGGCGGCAGCGGCGGCGUUUGGUUUGGGCCUGUGCUGUGCUGAGGAGGAGAGGGGGGAGACUCCAGGCAGAGAGGACAGCCCCAGUGACCUGGGAGAGACUGAACUGGACCCCGGAGGAGACCUGAAGAGCGGGGACGACCAGGCGUUUGGUAGGAAAGCUGCGAUGUGUCUGGCUCUGAGAGAUGCACCUGGGUCACACGUGAUGGCAGGGAAGGAGGUUGUUCUCCUGAUGCAGGCCCUGAACUCCCUCGCCACUCCUGAGGAGAAACUAGCUGCUCUGUGCAAGAAGUAUGCAGACCUGUUGGAGGAGAGCCGCUGCAUGCAGAAGCGUCUGAAAGCCGUGCAGAAGAAACAGUCUCAGAUAGUGAAGGAGAAGGUUCACCUGCAGGGGGAGCACAGCAAGGCCAUCCUGGCCCGCAGCAAGCUGGAGAGCCUCUGCAGGGAGCUGCAGAGACACAACAAGACCCUGAAGGAUGAGAACUCCCAGCGGUCCAGGGAGUAUGAGGAGCAGAGGAAAGAGGCCAUGCUGCACUUCCAGAUGACGCUGAGCGACAUUGAGGUGCAGAUGGAACAGCACAGCUCCCACAACACCAAGCUGCGGCAGGAGAACAUGGAUCUGGCUGAGAAGCUGAAGAAGCUCAUCGAGCAGUAUGAGCUCAGGGAAGAGCACAUAGACAAGGUGUUCAAGCACAAGGAGCUGCAGCAGCAGCUGAUGGACGCCAAGCUGCAGAGAAUCACCGAGAUGAUGAGAGAGGUGGAGGAGAAGCAGCAGAGGGAGAGAGACUUUCUGCUGAAAGACGCCACAGAGUCCAGACGCAAGUGUGAGCUGAUGAAGGAGCAGGAAACCCAGCUCAAGCAACAGCUCUCCCUGUACAUGGACAAGUUUGAGGAGUUUCAGAGCACCCUGGCUAAAAGCAACGAGGUCUUCACCACCUUCAGACAAGAGAUGGAGAAGAUGACCAAGAAGAUCAAGAAACUGGAGAAGGAGACGACCCAGUGGAGGACCAAAUGGGAGAGCAAUAACCAGGCUCUGCUGCAAAUGGCUGAGGAGAAAACUCUGCGUGACGGACACUUCAAAGCGCUGCAGGGGAAGCUGGAGCUGCUGGAGAGGCUGUGCCGAGCGCUGCAGAAGGAGAGGAACGACCUCAACAACCAGCUGAGCCUCCUGCAGGAGCCGGGGGACCCAGAGACCACAGAGGCCCCCGAAGCCCCGCCAGGGGAGCCCUCCGUCAGGGAGGAGGCUGACGACGAGGAGGAGGAAGAUGUGGAGGAGGAAGGGGAGGCACAGGGAGAAGGGCUGGAGACAGAGGGCCUCCAUGAAGCUCCCAGACCUCCUGAACUGGACCCCACACCGGCUGCUACUCACACAAAUACUACUGCUGCUACACCCAGCAGCCAGCCCGCACAGCCCCCCCCCUCACCCCAGGAAUGACCCGCCUGUAGGGCCUGUGUGUGUAGGUGAGGGGGUCAGAGGGCCACAGCUGGCCUGUAAAACAUCUUCAUUGGGGAUAGAUUUAUUUUCUUUUUUUUAUUCUAGACUCUCUCUGAAACUGAACCCAUAUAUAUUUUCUUGGCUAGUUAAAUGAUUGUAAGGAUUCUAAAACAUGGCCCCCCCUUUGUGUUGAGCACGUGCUGCUCUGUUUCUACCAUCACUGUAUCCUCACGGGGAAUGUCCGUGCAGUCCAACUGAAGCUGUUUAUUCCUCUCUUCAGUUGGACUCUCCCUGUAGUGUCCUGUCUCACCAGAAGUGAUUUCAUAUUAAAAUGGGUUUAUCACAUGCAUAUUGUCAUAGGUCACUUUGAAAAUGAGGAGGAGGGACUCUGAGGAGGUGAAGGAGGAAAUGGGAUGUGGUGUAGAUCCAGAGUUGGGUUGGAGCCAGGCUGGUCUCACAUCUGUUUGGCCACAGGGUAUUUUUUCAUCACAUCAACAACAGGUUUAAUUCCCUUGAUUUGAACAGAACUGUGUCAAAACGAGCAACUGGUUAAACGCUGGUGACAGUGACUGCCUGUGGGACAGGGGUGAGCUGCUGUAAUCUAAAACAUGCUAAUUAGCUGGCUACAUACAUGCUAAUUGUCAGGAAGCAAGCUAACUAGUUGGGCUGACACUUAAUGUUAAACAAAUGUAACCUUUAGUUAUAUUUACUUUACUGCCUGACAUACAUACUGUUCAGUUACCAGGGCUACUGUUCACCUUUCACGCUCAAUACCUCAAACUAGCUAGAUGUGCGGAACAGAUCAUGACCUGAUGGAUGUUGCUUCGGACAUUUAAGAUUAAAAACAUGUGGACAGUGAGGCGGGCUGUGGAAGGCACAACAGCUGUCACUCAACAGGUAAUGUUGUAACGUUAUAGACUUGGCUUGGGAACCUGAAGGUCACUGGUUAAAGUCCCCAAAAGACCAAAUGCCACUGAGGGGUCCCUGAGCAACGCACCGUUCCCUACACUGCUCCCCAAGGGUCGACACAUGGCAGCCCACUGCUCCUAACACUAGCAUGGAUCAAAUGCAGAAUGUACAUGCCCCUUUAAAAGUUCUGUCUUCUUUUUUCUAACGGCAGCGCUACUAGCUAGCUUUGUUGCUAACAAAAACAAAAAAUGUACAGCUUACUCAAUAGACCUCUUUAUAGCAUCAGCAGGGGCACAUUUCACCAUCCGACACAACACGCCUACAUCAAAAAUAUUAUAGUUUCCUAUUUCCAGCUCUGGUGCUCUGCCUUCUGAAGUUCAUUGAAGUUCCUUUAAAAAAAGCCUCCUUUUCUGCAGGCUGUCAGCAGCUUUCCACUUCAUGUACCUAAUGUACCUGUCAGUUAAUACAACCGGUUCACAAACUGGGUCUCUCCAUACAAAAUAGAUUUCAUUGUUACUGACGGGCCAUGGUGUUUUGAUAGAAAGUCAUACUUCAAGAAUAAACUUGUAAUAAAUAAAUACAAAUUAGAGCUCACCUCUGUUCCCACAGGUAGCCCCAAAUAAAACUGUUUUCUGUCCCUCCUAGGAAAUGUAAUAAGGGAAAGUGUAGGUUAAUGUGGGGAAUGUAGGAAACUCAAACUAAAGUGAUACAGAUCAAGACAAAUAUGUUGUUGUGAUGCCCAGCGAAGUAACAACUAAAGCAAUAUAAAGAGAUUUUUUCAAAUUUGAUUUCCAUAUGGUCAGCUCAGCCAGCAGAUGUGAAAUAAUGUGUCCUCUGCAGGUUCUCCAGUUUACCGUGUUGGAAGAUCCUGUUUGAUCCCCUACCAAGGCAAUAUCUCACAACAGGUCCACAAUCUCCAAUACAUUCCUCAGAUAACCCUCUAACGGCUCCAUCUGAUCUCUAUUUCCCAUCGGAAUCCCACUCUCCAUUACAUCAUGCUCUGGUAAACAGAUCAGUGGCUCCUCCAUUUGAAUGUGUUGUUUUCCAAUGUGUCAGUGAGAAUCAGGUUUGCUGGGAGAUGUUGCCUUUCAGUCCCCCCCCGCCGGCAUUCCUACUUUUCUCCUCAUUGUGUGGAUUCAAAAAGAUGGUUUGUCAUUGUCUUUAGGAUAGUUGUAGUCUGAGGAAGACUUUUCAGUCCAAUUGAAUCGAUUUGCUCUUGCUUUGGCGUUGCCGCAGACUGACUCAGGUAAUGUCAGAAUCUACCUCUGCAGGUGAGACUGUGAAGGAGAGGACGAGUCACCACAACUUUGGAGAGCUCUAUUUUUGUUGGGGGAGAAAGAGUUUAGCCCACACCCCUUUGAUUGUACAAUGUUCUUAAAGUCCUGUUUUGCUUUUCAAUAAACAUUUUGUAGAAUUUGCAAAAACGUU